AUGGACGACCAGACCGGAGCACCGCCACCGGCUCCGAAUUCGGAAGGCUACGAUGAUCCGACAAUGGAGGAAGAUCCUUCCUCGACGGUCCUCGAUCUCACCAGCUUCCAACUCCACGAUCUGGACUCGAUCGAGUUACCACCGAGUCUAACCGAGUUAGACGUGACGGCGAACCGCCUCACCAGCUUGGACACUCGGAUUGCAACCCUCUCGAGCCUUAAGAAACUCUCUCUCCGCCAAAACCUCAUUGAAGACGCCGCCGUUGAGCCGAUCUCUCGUUGGGACGCUCUGUCCGGUCUCGAGGAGUUGGUGCUGAGGGAUAAUAAGCUAACGAAAAUACCCGAUGUUACCAUAUUCAUCAAGCUUUUGGUUUUCGAUGUUUCUUUCAACGAGAUUACGUCGUUACAUGGAUUGUCCAAGGUCUCCAGCAAACUCAAGGAGCUCUAUGUUUCCAAAAAUGAAGUUGCCAAGAUUGAAGAGAUUGACCACCUCCAUGAGCUUCUAAUUCUUGAGCUUGGUUCCAACAGAUUACGGGUGAUGGAGAAUUUGCAGAACAUGACACAUUUACAAGAGCUGUGGCUUGGGCGGAAUCGAAUUAAGAUAGUGAAUUUGUGUGGGCUGAAAUGCAUCAAGAAGAUUAGCUUACAAAGCAAUCGCUUAACUUCUAUGACUGGAUUCGAGGAGUGUGUUGCUCUAGAGGAAUUGUACUUGAGCCAUAAUGGUAUUUCAAAAAUGGAAGGCCUCUCAACCUUAGUCAACCUGCAUAUCUUGGAUGUAUCAAACAAUAAGCUAACGUCAGUGAAUGGCAUUGAAAACCUAACAAUGUUAGAAGACCUGUGGCUUAAUGACAACAGCAUAGACUCAGUUGAAGGCAUUUCUGAGGUUGUUGCUGGUUCAAGAGAGAAGAUCACUACCAUCUAUCUCGAGAAUAAUCCAUGUGCGAAAUCUCCAAACUAUGCUGCUGCCUUGAGACAAAUCUUCCCAAAUAUACAGCAAAUUGAUUGUCAUAUAUUUGCUUAA